UCGGUUUCCUUGUAUCCAUUAAAGUUAAAACGUAAUUUGUAUUUUUAUCGAUUGGCAUUGGUUAUUCAGUGAUAAUGAUAAGUUGGUUCUUUUUUAUUUGAUGAAAAAUUGUAGAUUUUAUCAGUGAGACACGAUGGGCAAUUCUUCUUCAAUGCUUACUCAAUAUGAUAUCGAAGAAGUUCAAAAUCGCUGCCAGAAAUUAUUCUCCCAGCAGGAAAUUGUUUCAUUGUACGAAAGGUUUUUUCAGUUAGAUCUAAAUGCAAAGGGAUUUAUAUCUGCCGAUAAGUUAUUAUCAGUUCCGGAGUUUGCAAUGAAUCCGCUCUCUCAGAGGUUGCUUAAGAUGGAUGGUUUGAACUUUAAGGACUUUGUUGCCUUCUUGUCAGCAUUUAGUGCUAAGGCAAGCGUACAGCAGAAAAUAAAACUUAUCUUCAAAGUGUAUGAUUCUGAUGGCAAUGGAAAGGUGUCUUUCAAUGACAUACUAGAAGUGUUACGCAAUUUGUCCGGUUCUUUUAUUUCUGAUAACCAAAGAGAGAAAGUCUUGACCCAACUUUUGAAAGAAGCAGGUUACUCAAAGGACUCUUACCUAACAUUGGAUGACUUCAUUAAGGUUCUGGGGAGCUCUGGACUGAAAAUGGAGGUUGAAGUUCCGGUUGACUAAGUGAAU